CAAUGGGAAGCUAAGGGAGCAAUAGUCUUUGCUUCCUGUAGUAGGUACUCCCGAUGAUGCGGUGAAGCAAGGUGAGCUACCCUGAAGUCAAUAUGAGGACAAUAUCAAGGCCUUCUGUCUCAUGAAAUGAAAUGCCAAAAGAGGUGGGGAAAUUUGAGAGAGAACAAACCAUGGUAAUGUGCAUGGAUAACUGUGUGAACUGUAAUUAAUGACGGAGGGCAGGCUAAUGAGAUAAGGAAAUCUCAUCUGAACAAAGCUCAUGUGUCAAGCAGGAUUUGGGGAAUUUCACAAUUCCUCCACUGGUGUGUGGUGUUUACUCUGACCUCUCUUCAGGCAGCCGUUAAUUGCUGCCUGAUGAACCAAACCCAAUAACAACAUUAACAGACCUGCUAAUUACCACGGAAUGGAGACUAACUCCUCCAGAACGUAUAAAGGAGAACUUCUGUCACCCCCACCAGAGGAGCUGAGGAUUCUUCACUCUCAUUUCUCCUCCUGUUUCAGAACCUUCCCUGCCUGUGCUCUCGCCUUCUCUUAACGCUCUGAAAGCGACGCUAUGAGCCAACAUUUCUACCGAUUUGGGGAUGGGAAUUUCACUUCUUUUUCUGCUCACUGUGGCAGACUGGGUGGUGGGAGAAGUUCAUCUACCGUAAGCUAUUGUGAAGACAAUAGAGGAGAAGAAAGGUACAGUGGUUAUGGGUAUGGGUAUGGUUAUGGCAGCAGGAGUCUCCACAACCUUGGUGGGUUUAGGGAUGUUUCUACUGGUGGAGGCUAUGGAGGAGAAGGAGGAGGAUAUGGGAGGUGCCUGGGAUUUGGUGGUAGGAGACAUCUUGAUAGGGGCUUUGGUAGAAGAGGAUAUUUUGUGGGAGCUUUUCAAGGUGGUGAAGCAGGGCUUGGUAGCAUGUGUGGCAGAAGUUCAGGCAGGGAGGUGCUUGGAGGAGGCUUUGGUAGAAGUGCCUUUGGUGAACAAGGGGCUGGACAGGGUUUUGGGCAGGCUGGUGUUGGCAGAGGCAUCGAGGAAGUCCAUGUCAACACCAACCUGCUGAGGCCAAUACAAGUGCAAGUUGACCCCGAGUUCCAGAGAGUGCGGUCAGAUGAGAAAGAGCAGAUUAAGGCUCUCAACAACAAAUUUGCAUCAUUCAUCAAUAAGGUUCAAUGUCUUGAGCGGCAGAACCAGGCUCUGCUGGCCAAAUGGGAACUUCUGCAGCAGCAAAGUGCCCGACCGGAGGAGAGCAGAAAUAUCACCUCUUUCUUCCAAUCUUACAUCAGCAACCUGCAAAGGCAGCUAGAAAUGCUCCAGAGCCAGAAGGAGCAGCUGGAUCCAGAAGCUUAUAAUAUGCUUCAGCUUGUUGAAGAUUAUAAAAAGAGAUUCGAGGACGAGAUCAACAAGCGUGCAUCUAAAGAAGAGGAGUUUGUGGAGCUUAAAAAGGAACUGGAUAGUGCCUACAUGGGAAAAAUGGAGAUUGAUGUUCGGGUGGAAAUAUUGAAGCAGGAUCUUGAGUUCCUCAGAUGCUUACAUGAAGCUGAGCUGUCCCAGCUGCAAACAGUAGUUGGCAACACCAAUGUCAUUCUGUCCAUGGACAACCAUAGAGAACUGAACAUGGAUGGCAUCAUUGAAGAAGUCAGGCAGGAGUAUGAGACAAUUGCUCAGAGAAGCAAAGCUGAAGUAGAUGCCAUGUAUCAGGGCAGGUACCAGGACCUUCAGAACAUGUGGGUAAAUCAACGUGAGCAACUGAGGAACAGUUAUCAGGAAAUCCAGGAACUUAUCAGGCAGAUCCAAAGACUACAACAAGAAAUUGAAAUUGCAAGGAGAAAGAAUAACAGCCUCCAAGAAACCAUUAAAGAUGCUGAGCAGCGUGGGAGCUCUGCCAUCACAGAUGGCCAGCAAAAGCUUCAGGAUUUGGAAAAUGCCCUGCAGCAGGCCAAAGAUGAUCUCACUCGCCUUCUUCAUGAUUAUCAGGAGCUCCUGAACGUGAAAUUGGCCCUGGAUAUUGAAAUUGCCAUGUAUAGAUCACUUCUUGAGGAGGAGGAGACCAGGAUACAGGAAGGCUCACCAGCCACAAUCUGUGUCAUUGACCACGGUGCCAGUGCUAGAGGAAUAUUUGGAGUACGAUCUGGAAACUUGAAAAGCGAGAAGGUGGUGCGAGAAGGUGGACAUAGCUCUGGAGGAUGGGGAUCCAGCUCUGGCAGUGGCGGAUGCAGCCCCCACAGUGGAGGGAUGAGCUCUGGUGGGGGCAGCAGCUCUGGCCGGAGAGGGUCCAUCUCGGGAGGUGGAGGAGGAGGAGGAGGAAGCUCAGGUCAUGGAGGAUUGAGCUCUGGCAGUGGCGGGUCCAUCUGUGGAGGAGGAGGAGGAGGAAGCUCAGGCAGUGGAGGCUCCAUGUCUGGAGGUGGCCAAAGCUCUGGAGGAUGGGGAUCCAGCUCUGGCAGUGGCAGAUGCAGCCCCCACAGUGGAGGGAUGAGCUCUGGUGGGGGCAGCAGCUCUGGCCGGAGAGGGUCCAUCUCGGGAGGUGGAGGAGGAGGAGGAGGAAGCUCAGGUCAUGGAGGAUUGAGCUCUGGCAGUGGCGGGUCCAUCUGUGGAGGAGGAGGAGGAGGAAGCUCAGGCAGUGGAGGCUCCAUGUCUGGAGGUGGCCACAGCUCUGGAGGAUGGGGAUCCAGCUCUGGCAGUGGUGGGUCCAUUUCUGGUGGAGGAGGAGGAGGAAGCUCAGGCAGUGGAGGCUCCAUGUCUGGAGGUGGCCACAGCUCUGGAGGAUGGGGAUCCAGCUCUGGCAGUGGCAGAUGCAGCCCCCACAGUGGAGGGAUGAGCUCUGGUGGGGGCAGCAGCUCUGGCCGGAGAGGGUCCAUCUCGGGAGGUGGAGGAGGAGGAGGAGGAAGCUCAGGUCAUGGAGGAUUGAGCUCUGGCAGUGGCGGGUCCAUCUGUGGAGGAGGAAGCUCAGGUCAUGGAGGAUUGAGCUCUGGCAGUGGCGGGUCCAUCUGUGGAGGAGGAGGAGGAGGAGGCUCAGGCAGUGGAGGCUCCAUGUCUGGAGGUGGCCACAGCUCUGGAGGAUGGGGAUCCAGCUCUGGCAGUGGCAGAUGCAGCCCCCACAGUGGAGGGAUGAGCUCUGGUGGGGGCAGCAGCUCUGGCCGGAGAGGGUCCAUCUCGGGAGGUGGAGGAGGAGGAGGAGGAGGAAGCUCAGGUCAUGGAGGAUUGAGCUCUGGCAGUGGCGGGUCCAUUUCUGGAGGAGGAAGCUCAGGUCAUGGAGGAUUGAGCUCUGGCAGUGGCGGGUCCAUCUGAGGAGGAGGAAGCUCAGGCAGUGGAGGCUCCAUGUCUGGAGGUGGCCACAGCUCUGGAGGAUGGGGAUCCAGCUCUGGCAGUGGCAGAUGCAGCCCCCACAGUGGAGGGAUGAGCUCUGGUGGGGGCAGCAGCUCUGGCCGGAGAGGGUCCAUCUCGGGAGGUGGAGGAGGAGGAGGAGGAAGCUCAGGUCAUGGAGGAUUG